GCGUUUUUUUUUGGCGCUGAGAGAUUUAUAAAAUGGAUCUAAAUACUCUACUACAACGUGCACAGAGCCUUACUAAAGAAAAAGAUGAAUGCGAACUACCUGGCGUGGAACGUACGCUUCAACAGGUGCUGCAAGCCACCGAGGAGUUACACAGACGUGUCACCCAGACCGGCACCAAGGAAAUACAAGCGCAAAUAUUGCUUGGUUCAAAGGGCAUCGAUCUGCCGAAGCUGAACCAGAAGCUCGAGACGCUCAGCGCGGGUAAAACUUUUGAGCCCCUGGAUGUGGCUGGCGCGGACACAGAUGUGUGCACGUUUCUCAAAAAUGAACGUGAAAAUGCCAUAUUGUCUGUCAUCGAGGAUACCAAUAAAAAUAUCAGUGACUCGGUUAGCAAGCAAAAAUGGGCAAAUUUAAUCAGCAGCUGGAACGAAGAAAAAACACGCUUGCUGGAUGCUUUGAUUGGACCAUCGCAGAACUUCAUUGACUUGCAACGGCUGCCCGACCAGACAAUAUUGAAUCCAGAAUGCCACCCGCUCUCCUGUCUUGAUAAGAUGGGCUUACUAUACGCCCAGGAGCUGUGCCAGUACAAUGCCCUCGUGCUCAAGGGUGGUUCUCGUCCAAAUCUAGUACAGAAAUACGCACAGUUGACCAACACUUUUGGAGAUGCUCGCCUCACGGACAUGUGGACGCUUCUUUCCUGUGUGACUCAAGUGAGCGAAGUCCAUCAGGGAGAUCCUAUCAAGAGUCGCCAGCAGCGGCCAGAGUUCGUAUUGAAUGCCAAAUUGUAUCUGGAGCAACGCUACAGAGUCUACAUAAAUUCACUGGUGACCGUAGCCAGCGAUGCCGAUAGCUAUCAAUUGGUGCGCGCCUAUGUGAGUCGCUGCUUUAGCGGACAACAAGCGAUUGGUCUGGUGGACACAGCUGGCGGCAAACCACUUUGGCCGCUUAUCUAUUACAGUCUACGAUGCGGUGCUGUUGAAACGGCUGUAGAGUUCUUACGUGAAGCUGGCCCAAGCUAUGAGGAAUUUGCUCAGCUUAUUGCAGAUCGAAAUGGAGGCGUGGUCAACUCCAAGAUAGAAAGCCAACUGAAACUACAGUAUGCGAACAAAAUACGCAAUUCAACUGAUGCCUAUAAGAAGGCUGUUUACUGCAUUCUGCUCGGCUGCGACGCCAACGAGGUUCACGGGGAAGUGGCCAAAACAAUCGACGACUUUAUUUGGAUCAGAUUGGCCAUGCUGCAUCCCGGCGAUUCAACUGGCUAUGGCCAACUGCAGAGCUUGAUCAUAGACACCUAUGGCGAGAAGUAUUUUAAUGCUAGUCAGCAGCCGCAUCUUUACUUCCAAGCGCUGGCACUCACUGGUCAAUUUGAGGCAGCUAUUGAGUUCCUGGCUCGUUCGGAUGCCAAUCGCGUGCACGCAGUCCACAUGGCCAUAGGUCUACAUGAGCUGAGUAUGCUGGGCGGCGUGCGAAGCGUGUCGCAACCACUGCUCACAAUUGACAUAUCGGAUCCAACGCCGCUCCGUCGUCUCAAUCUGGCGCGCCUCAUUCGACUCUAUGUGCAUCGCUUUGAGGCGAUGGACACAGCCGAAGCACUGCACUACUAUUACACACUGCGCAACCUGCACGAUCCCAAGGGACGGAACAUGUUUCUAACGUGCGUUUGUAGUUUGGUCGUAGACAGCGGCGUGCUGGACACCAGCAUAUUUGAUUUGAUAUUUGGACAUCGACAGAAGGGAAGUGUCAACGGUGAGGAAUUAUUGGGAGGACUCUUUGGGCAGUUCAGCUGCGCAGACUUUGACACACAUACCAUGGCUGGCCUGGUCGCCGAUGAACUGGUCGAGCGCGGCAACUUUGAGAUGGCUGUGCGGCUCUAUGAAAUUGCUGGCAACCUUAAUCUGGCACUGAAGUAUAUUUCCAUAUUAUUGGCCCAGGUGGUGCAAGAGCCUCCAGUAGAGGGAACAUUGCGAGCGCGCCUUAGCCUGGAAGCACCGCGGUUCAGCGCACGCUUGACUGCCCGCUCCACGGAUAUAGAGCCUAAGAUCUAUGUCAGCUUUACAUUAUUACGGGAUUUGCUCACGUUCUUUGAUAAUUAUCACGAAGGCAAGUCUAAGGCGGCGCUACAGCAGCUUCAGCGCAUACCCAACAUCAUACCCAACAGCACGGAGGACGUGGCCACCUGCCUGGCAAACGUGAGACAGUUGAGUGGUGAUGUCAUCAAGGUAAUACCCGAUGUUAUGGUGGCCGCAAUGGACCUGACUCUCACAGAAUACAACCAGUUGAAGCCAAAAACAACAUCAAACAGCUCAAUACAGCAGCAGCGGCCAAAUGAGCUGCGGGAACGCGCCAAGGCCAUUGCCAACAUGUCCGCUACAAUGCCGUAUUGUCCCACUAACCAGCGUCUAUUGCAGCUUGAGCUUCAGAUGCAGUAAGAAAAAUAAAAUGGUAUUAAUCAAA